AUGCAGAUUCACGCAGUCUACCUCGGCGGCGCACCAUACGUAACCACUUCGCACGUCCUCGCCGCCGACUUCCGCGCCUGGGGCCACCGGGUCGACACGUACACGCACGACCAUCACAACGUACUUGCCCUCCUCACUAUCCAGCGCGCCGAGGGCUUCGAGCAGACGGCCCGGGAAGCAGAGCUCAUGGAUCUGUGGUGCGCGGAGUGGAUUGGGAGAUGGGGGUUCGAGGCCCGGGUUGGAGCGAUGCUGAGUGAGCGGGAGGAUCUGGGCACGGGUGCUUCGGGAAGUGCGAUGUGGGACCUUGGGGGCGCGUUGGGGAUGGGGCGGGAUAGUUUUACGGAAGAGGGGAGAGCCAUUAAGGUGGGCAGGGGGAGAAGCUGGGGAAUGGGAAGUGUGUGGGCGUGGUUUGGUGGUGGGGUUGGGAGGAGCAAUGCCCGGGAAGAGGUACAUGUGGAUGGCGAUGUGCUACCGCCGUAUACAAAGGGUGAGGCUCCGCCGGCGUAUGAGCAGUGA